AUGUUGGCGGGGCUGCUCCGCCAGUUCCUCAGCCGUGACCUCUCCGUCCUCGGUUCCUACGGUCGCCUACAACGGCUCGUACUCAACGGCGUCGAACAAAUCCUCAGCCGGUUUCUGUCCAAGCUGCUCAAGCGUUGUCCUGUCAGUUGCACUGUCAUUGACAAGAUCAAGCUUUGCUUCACCACCACCACCCCCUUAUCUGACUUCCGCAUUAUCUCUAGGUUACUCGACAAUUCAAUCCAAGAUGUCUCGUGGAUUCUACAUCUCAUUUGGAACUGUGGGUACGAGUACUCGACGCUGCCUCCAAUCGCAUCUAACGAGUUGAUUCUAUCUUUUGUCCGGGACGACUGUCGAAUUGCGGAGUUCAUUGUUGAGGAAGGUGGAGUCGAACCCUUAUUGAAGUUAGUCCAAGAGGGUACAAUGGAAGAACAAGAGAAUGCUGCCAGGACCCUUGGGCUGCUGGCACUUGUUCGGCAAGGUGUCGAACGCAUGAUACAUGCGGGCGUGUUUAAAGUGUUUGCAAAAAUCCUUAGAGAAGCCCCCAUGAAAGUUCAGGUUGUUGUGGCCUGGGCCGUGUCUAUGCUCGCGGAUGAACACCCCGAAUGCCAACAUGGUUUUGCGCAGCACGAUGCUGUCCCCUUGCUCGUUAGCCAUCACGCACCUGAAACUGAUAGUGACGUCAAUGCCAAUGACGACCAUGCCACCAUGGCAGAAAUGAAAGCAAUGGCAGCAACAGCACUUUGGAAACUAGCCACGGGGAACUCAGUCAUUUGCCAUAGCCUCUCGAACUCAGGAGCGCUAUUAUAUUUCGCAAUGCUAUUGGAAACGGGUUCUGAAGAUGUUUGA